AUGCAGCAGUUCUUCACCUGCAGCUGUUAUUACACUGAUAAUAUUUUUCUGCCUCAGUAUAAACUGCAUGUCAGAUUCAUCACCGAACAGCAGUUUAAAAAUGACUAUCAACACAUCCUCAGGUCUCUGGGUUGCACCACUGACGCCCAGUACAAUUCUGUACUUGAAAAAGUCCAAGCUGAAGUGGAGAGACGACGGAAUCUGGCGGUUCAGUCGGCACAGAGGAAGGCGGUCAUCAAAGAGACGUACGAACCUCUCCAUCAGCACGUCUACCACCUACAGGAAUCCUUCCUAGCUCCUGAGUUUGUAGAAAUAGUGAAGUACUGCCGGACAGAAGGCGCCACCGAGGAGGGUCUGGUGGAACGCAUCACCACAGAGGCUGCUCCGAGGGUGUUCCGCCUCCCGGUCUUCACCAGGGAGUUCUGCAGGGAUCUGCUGGAAGAGCUGGAGCAUUUUGAAGAGUCCGGCGCGCCCAAGGGCCGUCCGAACACCAUGAACAACUACGGGAUCCUGCUGGACGAGCUGGGGUUCGACGAGGGUCUGAUCGCUCCUCUCAGGGAGCUGUACCUGAAGCCCGUGGCCUCCCUGCUGUACCCGGACUGCGGCGGGAAAUGGCUGGACAGUCACAAGGCCUUCGCCGUCAAGUACAAGCUGCAGGAGGACCUGGACCUGAGCUACCACUACGACAACGCCGAGGUCACGCUCAACGUGGCGCUGGGGAAGGACUUCACCGAGGGGAACCUGUACUUCGGGGACAUGAGACAGGUACCCAUCUACGAGACCGAGUGUUCCGAGGUGGAGCACCGCGUCUCCGAGGGCGUCCUCCACCGCGGCCAGCACAUGCACGGCGCCCUGCCCAUCGCCUCAGGCUGCCGCUGGAACCUGAUCGUGUGGAUGCGGGCGUCACGGCAACGCAACCGGCUCUGCCCCAUGUGCUCCCGGGCGCCGCGGCUACAGCCCGGCCACGGCUACGGAGACGGGUUCACCGCCGCCGACGGCGACGCCCGCUGCGCCCUAACGUGAUGCGAAAGUAUGUGGACGCCUGGCGGUUAGCUAGAUUCCAAAACCACUUGGGCUCCCUGUGUUUGUGUCGUGUGCCCUGAUGUUUGACAGGGAGGGCUGGCUCCCAGUUGGCAUUCCAGUUCAUCCCAAAGCUGAUUUGUCACCAUCGCAUUUGAGAUGAACUGGUGGUGGUUGAACUGGCGAAGUCACAUAGAGUCACACCAGAACAAGAAGGGGCCUUCCCCAAACUGUUGGCCCAAAGUCAGGAUUGGGAUUUAGUAUGAAUUAGUAAGAACAGCUGAUUUCAAUCGUUAAAAUACUUGUUAGCGACAGGUGUGGCUAAAAAUUAUGAAUACAGUAGGAUUAGGAGGGGCGUCCACAUACUUUUGGUCACAUGGUCUACGUACGGACGUUUUUAUUAAGUCUGUACAGCAGAAACUCUAUCGCCAGGCCAGCCGUCGUCCUUUCUGACGAGAUUUAGCAUCUGGGGAACGUCUUUAAAGCACCCGGCUACGAACGGCACUGAAAUUUGGCAUGACCACGCCCACUUUUUAUUUUAAAAUAAAUAAAACUGGCAAUUUUUUGUCUUA